AUGAGUAGAGAUCCGCGCCAGUACCAGUGCCACGAGCGUCACGCUGAUGGAAGGCUGUGCGGCGCAGUGCUCAAAACACGAUGGAACCUUAAGAGACACCUGAAAGAGCAGCACCAAUUGGAUCAACCGACCCUUAUUGCCACACCGCUGGCUGCCUUAUCGCCAGCUCUUCAGACUUUGUGGCAGGCUGCUAUUCCACAUCCAUUGCCGGCCUUGGGCAGCUUGCCAGCCUUGAGCAACGUGCCGGCUUCUGCAGUGCAGCUUCCGGGAGUUGCAGCCUUGCUGGAGGCCGAUCGUGGCGCGAAAACUCCCCCCAGGUGCCCUGAGCCAGAUGCUGGCCCUCUUCCAGCGUCGCCCCCUUUACCAUCAAUGGCUCCAUCACCAACCGUUCACCCUCCACAGGAAGACGACCGCUGGGAGCAACAGCGUGGGAUUCUCCGCGAGCGCUACCAAGAAGACAUGCCAAGCUACGAUGUGAAGCAGUCCAAGGUAUUCCAGGCACAGCAGAAAGCAGCGUGCUGGAUUCUUCAGAAAGGCAAGGAGCACUUCGAUUCGUGGAUCGCCGGCUUGACUACGGCUUGGGGAGCAUCACCAUCUGCCAGCCAAUCUAGCAUUUGUAUCAGCUGCCCACAGGACUGGGUCGGCUUGCAACCACGCGAGAUUGCCGAUGUGCUGAACGAGAGCAAUUGGCCGUUGGCAAGCUCAGGCAGACUGAUGUUCAAGUAUUCGGACCACACGACCACGGCGGCCAGAGCCAUCGCCUGGUAUAGUAAGUGGCCUCGCAGCGGCAUCGAGCUUGACAACUUUAUGGAAUGCGGCCCCUUCAAACGCAUGGACGGCUCCCACUUGUGUCACAAUCUGUUCUGCAUCACACCCUCUCACAUCGUGUACGAGCCCACCACCGUGAACCAGGCGCGCAACGAGUGCUUCCAGCGGGCGCGCUUUCUGAGAAACGAGAAUCGUGCCGUUCCGGACCGCUGUGAUCAACACGAUCCGCCUUGUUUGAUGCAGCAUGCAGCCUUGACCACAUACGAGAGAUGCCUCCUCCAGGUGUGGGCGUUGCGUCAAUCUCUGGGGAUGCCAUCGCCAUCGCCAUCGCCAGCGCCAGCGCCAGCGCCAGUGCGCCCGAGAUUUCAUCCAUACAGCAGUCUAGAGUACCAGCUUCCUCUCACGUUCGGCCAGGGACAUGGCAUUCGGUUCGGAGCGCUCGAUCGGGCCGCGGUGACUCGGCUGAAGAGGAAGGCGCACAAGCCGAGCUUGGCAUGCAAUCUUUGUCCUCGCAUCAGGGGGUUCGAGAGUGUCGUCGCGCUAUGGGGGCACAUCGUCCGGAAGCAUGAAGAUCGGAGCGAUGGCGACAAGCUGAUCGAGAUCCGCCGGACUGCAGAGCUGUGGAGGAGCUAUGAAGAGUCGCAGACAGGGCUGAGCCGGCGCAGUCGGAAGAAUAAUACUUUAACUAGGCUGGCUGAGGUUAAGCAGCAGGUGCCCGCAUAUGUACUCGACGUGGCGACUGGGACAGGUAUAUGGGCUAUCGAAUUUGCGGAAAAGUUCCCUCAAUCGCAUGUCAUUGGCACCGACCUGAGCGCAAUCCAGCCAGAGAAUCCGCAUGUACCAAAUUGUGUCUUUCAGAGGGACGAUGCCGAAGACACUUGGGUGUUCCCGGCACCGCAUCCCCCAGGCUCCAACUGUGAAUUUCCUUGCGAGCAUCGCAUCAUGUUCGACUAUGUACACUUGCGUCUGGUAUCGACUUGCUUUGAUGACCCCCGCGUAGUCAUGAAGAACGCCUUCGAGAACAUGAAUCCGGGAGGGUGGAUCGAGUUUCAAGACGCCUCGCUCGAAUUUAAUGACGAUAGCCCUAAUUGGGAAGGCUCCGCGCUUCAGAAGUGGUGCAAGGGCUGCAUCGACGGAGCCGCAAGUGUUGGCCGAGAUAUUCUCGUGCCACAAAAGUAUAAGCAGUGGCUGGAAGAAACUGGAUUCGUCGAUGUUCAAGAACGGCCUUUUAUAUGGCCAAACAACCCAUGGCCACAGGACAAGAAACUCAAAGAGGUUGGCUUGUGGGAGCUCAGAAACUUGCUCGAUGGACUUCGCGGCAUGGGUUGGAAAUUUCUCACCCAAGCCGGCUACUCUGCGGAGGAGAUUGAGACCUUGGUCAAAGAAUCGCACGAAUACUUGAGAGAUUGCAGAAAUCAUCCAUAUGGCACCCUAUACGUCGUCUACGGACGCAAGCCCUUUCCUAAUGAGGAAUGA